AUGUCUGACAAUGACUCCGACACGCCUCUCAGCGAAUCUCAGGUCGCGGAGGAGAACGAGCUGCCUGUUAUCCACCUGUGCAGCCUAGUAGAAGAGCUCAGCUAUGGAAACUCUGCUCUCAAAACUGAGACAGAGAUGUUUGAGAAAUAUUACAAUAAACUGGAAUCCAGGGAUCAGCGACCUCUACGAAUAUCGGAAAUUAAAAUGUCAGGAAUAGAGUUGGCACAGGCUAUCAUUGAGGAAGCUGAAAUUCGGUGGACUGAAGUUCAGAGAGAAGUGCAAGAGUUUGAAAGAGAUAUCCUAAAAACCAUAUCCAAGAAGAAAGGGAGUAUUUUGGCCACUCAGAAAGUGAUGAAGUACAUUGAGGACAUGAACCACCGGAGGGAUCAUAUGAAGGAUAAAUUGCGUUUGAAAAACAUUUCUCUCAAAGUCCAGAGGAAAAAGAUGCUUUUACAAUUGAGGCAGAAGGAAGAGGUGGGUGAGGCCCUCCACGACGUUGAUUUUCAGCAGCUGAAGAUAGAGAAUGCUCAGUUUUUAGAGACGAUUGAAGCAAGGAAUCAAGAACUGAUCCAGCUAAAGCUGGCAUCUGGAACUACCCUGCAGGUCCUCAACGCGUUCAAAACCAGGCUACACCGAGCAAUGGAAAUGUCCAUCAAUCUGGAAAAGGAGAUCUUGCUGAGAAAUGAGUUACUUGAAAAAAUUGAGAGAGAAACCCUGCAAGUAGAGGAGGACCGGGCCAAAGCCGAGGCUUUGAACAGGAAGUUGCGGAAGCAGCUGGCCGAGUUCCGAGUGCCCCCAGUGAUGAUGUACGUCAGGGAGAAGAUCCUAAAUGGGGACCUGGAGAAAACCAUCAGGAUGUGGGAAAGAAAAGUAGAGAUUGCAGAGAUGUCCUUAAAAGGCUACCGCAAGAAUUGGAAUAAAAUGAAAACAACCAAUGAGCAGUUGCUGGCGAUUUCCUCCCUUGGGAAAUAGCCAGAAGGCGGCCAUGGCUGCAGACCAGAAAGUGAUCCAUUAAAAUAAUCAGCUCCUUUCUAGUCACGGGGUCCUCUCGCUGUUCCCUGCGCUGGCUGGUGUCCCCAACUCUCCAGCCAGACUGACAGUCACCUCCGAGUUACAUCAGCCUGUGCUGGGUGUUUUCACAGCCUGGCCCUGGAACCGUUGACCCUGAAAGAACCACAGGGCACUCUGAUGGUUUGACUUGUUAGCCCACAUUUAGUUCACAAGCACAAAUGAAAGCGACCUUUCCGCA